AUGGUCCUCACAUCCCUCAACACCUCACAGAGUACCACAUUCUCACAAAACUUCUUUGAGAGCAGAGGAGAUCACAAGUAUUUCUUGUGCGUUGAACACGCCUCUUCGUGUGGGUAUCUAGUGACUGGUGGUUCAGAUGGAUUACUGCGGCUGUGGUUACCUCACAGAAAACUGUCCUGUGUGCGUUCACUGGCAGAACAUGUCAAACCCAUCAUUUACAUUAGGUUUAAUGCUAAGGACAGAAUAGUCCUAAGUUUAUCCAAGGACAUGAAUGUGUGCGUGUGGACAGAGAGCUGGCAGUGUAUUCAAAGCUUCCAUGCUCAUGGGAUGGAACAAGCCUCAAUGGCCAGUGUGUGUUAUAACAUACACAACAAUGAGCUCGUCCUGACGAACUCCGACAUAAGAAAAUGUCUUGGAAGAGGAACAGAUGUUUAUAAAAGCACAUUAACCUCCCACGACAUGCCGCUGUGCUCCGCUCUCUACCACAGCACUUACAAACAGGUCAUUUCUGUUUGUCAGAGUGGUGUGGUGACAGUGUGGGACUUCUUAACAGGAAAGGCUGUGAUGCAGUUUGAUGUAACUCCGAACAAACAUGAGGCAAUCACUGCCAUGUCCUUUGACGAAACACAGGAGGGACUAGUCACGAUUUCAUGGGACGGGAAAGUGAGAGUGUGGAACUUUAACAGUGGAUCGGAGCUUGCCGUUCACCCCGUGACUCUGCCAAACCAAGUGACAGGCAUUGUUUGCACAAAAAAUAGGAUGUUUGUGUCAACAAAAUACUCCAAGAUCAUUUUUGACCUGGAUUUGGUGGGAGAUGACAGCAAACUUUUGGAGCAUCAGUAUUUAAGUGACAUUUCCUCCAUGGAUAACCAUGAAAACACACUGGUUGCUGCCUCCAACAAUAGAAAUGUUGUUAUCUGGGAUGCCAGCAGUGGCGAGACUCUCUACUGGCUUAAUACCAGUACAAGCCCUCAAACCCACUUGGCAUUUAGAAAAUCUCAAGGCCAGAUCAGGAGUCUCAGUGCUAAGAAGAAGCAACAAGGUCUCACAGCCCCUGGGAUAAGUCUGACAGGGGCAAAAUCAGAAGUGGAAGUCAAUCAUCUUGUUACGUGUCUGAGGGCUCGAGAGAAUACUUGUACCACAGCCACGUUGCUGACCUCUGCAGAUGGAUACAUCUAUGCCUGGUCUGUCAAAAGCAAGGGAGGUCUGUUGGGAAAGUUCAAUGCUGUAAACAAUGAAGAUGCUUCCAUUAUCAUCAUGUCACCUGAUGUCAAAGGACAGACACUUUUGACAGGUGACAGUACCGGGAAGAUUUGUCUGUGGGACAUUCAGAAAUUUGGGUUCAAUAAACAAACAGACGAAGGGCCAUUCGAGGAUAUAGACGGGUGGCGUGUGUCACUCUAUGCACCUCCACUGCUGGUCUCUUGGCAGUCUCAUCAUGAAGGGAUCGUGAGCGCUGUGAGCGAUCCCACUGGUGAACACAUAAUAACUGCAGGUUUGGACCACAAUGUUAAGUUAUGGACAAAUACAGGCUGCUGCAGAGGCCUCUUUGGGAGAAACCAAUGGGAUGCCUCCCAACCCUGCAAGAACCUUCCUAAGAAGAAUGCUGACCAGGAUGACGAGUAAGGACGAGUCACCACAGACAGCAGGACAGACCACAGACAGCAGGACAGACACAGACAGCAGGACAGACACAGACAGCAGGACAGACACAGACAGCAGGAGAGACACAGCCCAGAUCACCAACAUCUGACUUAAAUUAUACCUUAAGCAAACUUAAUGAGGCGAUCACACCAACAAACGUAGCUCACCAAUACGUUUCUAACGCUGUCCUCGAA